AUGGGGUGCUGCGGAGGCAAAGAAGACGUGCUUCCCGAUGGCUCUGGCGGCGUCGCGCCCAACUCGACGCGCAAGUGUCGGGACGUGCUCUGCUGCCUCCUCUUCCUCCUCUUUUGGAUCGGAAUGGCCGUCCUCGCGAUCCUCGGUGUCUCCAACGGCGAGCCGGAGAGCCUCAUUUACGGCACGGACUUUAACGGCACGGUCUGCGGCACGGGGGAUUCGAAUACGAGCCUCAUCUACUACCCGCGCAUGACGCAAGACAUGCUGACGCAGUCGGCCAAAGGCGUCCCGCCGCUCAGCAUGAAGUUCUUUGGCCUCUGCGUCUCGGCGUGCCCGCGAAUGGGCGACUACAUUUGCACGUAUGCGACCGAGGCUUCGAUUCGCGCGGCCCACCCGGGCGCGAAUGCAACAACGCUCAACGCAGCGCGCAAGAAGCGUGCGAGCAGCUUCUCGACAACGAAUACCGACUGCUGGCUCGUGCCACUGCCGUCCGAGGUCGUCGCGUUCCGUUGCCUUCCGCUCAACAUCGUUUCGGGCAACUCGACUGUGAUUUGCAUCCAGCCGGGCAACUCGUCCGAGUACUACAAGACUGUCAACGGUGUUCAAGUGCCCAACGAAAAGUGCGAAGUGUCGCAGACGGUCACGGUCACGGCGACGAUCGGCGAGGCCAACUCGGAUCCGGUCAUGGACAAGCUCCAAACGACCGUGGCCAUGAUCGGUCGGUUCGUCGGCGACAUUCAAAAGUCGUAUGCGCCGGUGCUCUUGAUCUGCGGCGGCGGCAGCCUCGUCCUCGGCUGGCUCUUCCUCUUCUUCAUGCGCUUCUGCGCAGGCUGCGUCAUUUGGCUCACGCUCUUUGUCGUUCAAAUCGUGCUCGCGGGCCUCUCGCUCUUCUUCCUCGUCAAAGGCGGUAUCGUCUACUCGAGCGACAUUAGCGCGCUCACCACGCAAAUCAACGCGAUUCCCAGCGGUGAAAGCCUCUCCGCGUCACUCAGUGUCGCCGAGUCCAACAUCAAAGUGUACCAGGCCGCGGCGGUCAUUUCCAUCAUUUUGACAGUCAUCAUGCUCCUCAUUGUGUGCUUCAUGCGCAAGCGCAUCCAGAUUGCGAUCGGGAUCAUCCGCGAAGCCUCCCGGACGAUCCAGUGCAUGCCGCUCCUCGUCUGCUUUCCAAUCGUACCUGCGAUCGCCUCGAUUCUGCUCUUCAUCUACACGACGAUCAUUGGCGCCUACAUUUACAGCGCCGACGGCAACCUUGCGCUGCCGUCGUCGCUCGUGAGCGCACUGCCUGCCAACGCGUCGGCGUCCGUGACCGCAACCUGGGACGCUGAGCUGAGCGCGUCGGCGUCGGCCGUGAUCCAGGCCGUCUCGAUGACGACGAUUGCCGGCGCCGUGUGCAAAUACUACUGGAGCCGCAACCACUCGGCGGCCGAGAUGGGCCGGUUCCCCGUCGCGACGAGCUUCCGAAACUGCUUUCGGUAUCACUUUGGGUCGCUCACGUUUGGCGCGUUCCUGAUCGCUGUCGUUCAGUUCCUCCGCCUUGUGCUCAUGUACAUUGACAAGCAGACCAAGUCCUUGCAGCAGUCCAACCUCGCGGUCAAGGUCGCCAUGAAAAUCGUUGGCUGCUGCCUCUGGUGCCUCGAAAAGUGCAUCAAGUUCAUCUCCAAGAACGCCUAUAUCCUCGUGGCCAUGAAGGGCCGGUCGUUCUGCUCGUCGACGAAAGAAGCGUUCAUGCUCAUCUUUGCCAACAUGGCCCAAGUCGCCAUGACGAGCACGAUCGUCAACCUCGUCGCGUUCGUGGCUGUGGUUGCGAUCAGCGUUGGGUGCGGCCUCGGGCUCUUUCUCUACUUGGACCACGACGCCGCCUUUGCGACGGGCGGCAGCAACGAGCUCAACUCGCUCUUCCCGCCGUGCAUCAUUGGCGGCAUCCUCGCGUGGUUUGUCGGCUCGUCCUUUAUUGGCGUCUACGAGAUGUGCGUCGAUACGAUCUUGCUCUGCUUUUGCGAGGACCGGCGCAUCAACAAGGACGGCGGCCAGUACUACAUGAGCGCCGAGCUCCAAGCCUUUGUCGAGAAGAACACCAAGAAAAAGGUGAAGAAACACACAGCGGACGAAGCAGGCAACAAGACCGCCCCGGACGAGCUCCCCGUCAACCCCGACGGUUCGAUUGACGUCUAA